AUGGCGCUCUCACUGGGUCAGGUUCAUCCGUGGACCUCGAAUACACUGGGUCCGGCUGAAGACCAGCCAAUGUCGUCUUCGGCUAAGAGGACUGGUGAGGCGCGAGCCUCGCUGCCGGCAGACCCAAAGCGCCCUGCACCGCUGCCCGCCUCCAGUGUCUCAGCCAAGCAAUCCGAGGCGCCGACGCCGACGCCGACUGCCACGGACAGUUCCACCACCACUUCCGCCACAUCGGACUCUCUUUCUGUCCCUUAUUACUCAAGCAGCUAUUCUUCCUCACCUCGCCAAUUCCCCUCAGACAUCACCGAUCCUAUUCUCGAAGAAGGCGACGUUGGAUCUGGCACAGACUCGCCCAUCGAGCCGGUCACUCCUGUGAGCGGAGGCCGCCACUCUCAAGAUUUCAAUACUCUACGCCAAAGCCACUACAGCCAUUACGGCGAAUACCAAGCACUGCAAAGAGCGCAGACGGCACAGAAUCCUCCAACCCCAAGCUCGAAGAAGGCUCCUUCACUAAUUUCGCAAACAUCUGCGCCGCCGGCUGCUCUGGUCGGCUCCGAUCCGUCUUCCGCACCACGAGCCGCUGGAUUAGAAACAUCGCCGCAAGCGCCCCUCCAACGUCCCACCCGUGGCUCUACCAAGAGCCUUAAAGGCACCAUGUCUCGACUCUUCAAGCGCUCCAACUCUUCCUUGGAGAAGGAGAGGGAAUAUGCUAUUGGCGCCACCCCUGCGCCAAUCUCCGAGUCUGCACCACAAUCAACUAGCUACCUCAAUGGAAAUGCCGCACCAAGCAGCCGGUAUCUGAAUGGCAACAAGUCGUCCACAACCACUCAAUCAAAUUCGCCGCCGUCGCCAGGCUCACCUCUGGAAAUGGCACUUUCUUCACAUCGCUCGACCAUUGACACCAACGGUACGCUGCCCAACGCUGUCGAUUUCCAGAAGAAGAACCGAGCACCAACAGGCUUAACCCUCCGUGGCCGGGCGGUUAAUUUCGUUGGCGCUACAAUGGGCCGUGGAAACCGCCCCACCAAGGGCCCUCGGAGAGCGAGCAGUUUCGACAUGAGCAAUAGACCUCCCGUGCCUGCUUUGCCGAAGCCCAUCGAUGAAGAAAAGACGUACCCCCCCGAGCGGCUCCCAUGGCCCCUGCCUCCUGACGCCGGCACUGGCGCAAAGGCACGUCGCAUGAGUUUAAGCCUCCCUGACGAUUUUACUGUGGAUGUUGCUGAGCUACUCUCCGAGUUUGAGUAUCAGCACAAGUUGUUGGGUCGGCACGGGAAGCAUUUGGGCAAGGGCGCCGCCUCCAAGGUUACUCUCAUGGUUCGCAAGGGGUGUCCGGGCGAACUAUACGCAGUCAAAGAAUUUCGAGGCAAGUCACAUCGCGAAAGCCAAGAAGACUACGAGAAGAAGAUCAAGUCCGAGUUUAGCAUUGGCAAGAGUCUUCACCAUCCGAACAUUGUUGAAACCAUUCGGCUAUGUACCGACCAUGGACGCUGGAAUCAUGUCAUGGAGUAUUGCGCAGAAGGAGACCUUUUCGGUCUUGUGCAAAAGGGCUUUUUCAAGGGCGAGGACAAGAAGAAGGAUCGCCUGUGCCUCUUCAAGCAGUUGAUUCAGGGUGUCAACUACCUUCACGCCAACGGCAUCGCGCACCGCGACAUCAAGCUCGAGAACCUCCUCCUCACCAAGGACAGCAAGCUAAAGAUCACCGACUUUGGUGUUUCCGAAGUGUUUAGCGGAACCCAUCCCGGCCUGAGAGAAGCUGGUGGCCAGUGUGGUCAGAAUAUGGGAGAAGUUCGCCUCUGCUCUCCCGGAAUUUGUGGCAGUGAGCCGUAUAUUGCACCAGAAGUUUUGGAAAAGAAGCACAGCUACGACCCGCGAGCUCUGGAUGUCUGGAGUUCGGCUAUUGUCAUGAUUUACCUAACCUUUGGCGGGGCCAUCUGGUCUCGCGCUCAACACGGCAACUUGCACUACGACAAAUUGGUUAAGGGCUGGAAUAAAUGGUACGAAAAGCACCCCGAGUGCGAUGCUUGUAUCACAGACACGGACUACCCCAACUGCUACGCUCUAGACGUUGGUGUCAAUCCCCCGGCACUGCGACGCAUUCUCCUGCAAAUGCUCAACCCGGACCCCGCCAAGCGCAUUCCCAUCAAUGAAGUGGUUAACAACCGUUGGAUGAAGAAUGUUGAAUGCUGCCAACUAGAGUCGUACGAUGACCCCAACCAAUUUAUCGACGCGACCAAGAAGGACUAUAGCAGCAAGAUAUCAACCAAAAAGAUCUUCUGCCACAACCACCUACCGCCAAAAACGAGUGGGUCUCACUCGUUGGGCAAAAUGCCUGGCACUGCAGGCUAUUAA